AUGGUAUGCUUCAUCUGUGAACAUAAUUUGCCAUUCACAAUCGUCGACCUCAUGGUAAAUCUAUGCAAGGCUAUGUUCCCUGACUCCGACAUUGCUCAAGCAAUGUGCAUGAAAAAAACAAAAUGCACAGAGUUAACAAAAGCGCUAGAUAUGUGUAUGACAAAUGACUUGGCCAGUAGACUAAGAGAAAACAAAUUCUCCCUUAUCAUUGAUGAAAGUACUGACGUUAGCACGACGAAAUGUCUGACAAUAGUUGUCAAAUUUUUUGACAAAGACAUGACAACUUUCAAGACAGGCACUCUGCAACUCAUCAAUAUGUAUGACGAAAAUGACGAAAUGGUAGGAUCAACAGGGGAGAACUUAUUUAGAUUGAUCAUGAACACCUUGCUGUCCUAUAACAUACCUUUAGAAAAUUUUGUUGGCUUCGCUGCUGAUGAAGCAGCGAAUAUUAUGGGAGGUAACAAUUCAAUUAGCAGUAGGUUAAGGGAGGAAUUUCCAGGGAUAGCUAUUUUCAAAUGUAUUUGUCAUAGUGUUCAUUUAUGUGCAUCAGAAGCAGUCAAAUAUUUACCAAGGCAUUGCGAAGAUCUCGCUAGAAAUAUUUAUACACACUUUGCUCAUAGUGCAAAACGGAAGCAUGAACUGAAACUUGCCCAAACAUUUCUUGACCUAAAGCCACACAAAAUUUUACAUCCAUGUGCUACACGAGGGUUAUCGUUGCACGCAGCAGUUGAACGUGUAGUCGAACAAUGGAGUGCUUUGAAGCUCUAUUUUUCUAAAAUUGAGGCCAGGAAAGACUAA